AUGGCAGGUAGACCUCUCACUCCCUCCCAACUCAUUGCCAUCCUCUUGCUGGCGCUCCUCGUUACGAGCCACGCCGGCGGAAUCGCCGUAUACUGGGGCCAGAACACGGGCGAAGCAACCCUGUUCGCGACGUGCGCGUCCCGCAAGUACCAGUUCGUCAUCCUCGCCUUCGUUUCCCAGUUCGGCCAGGGCCGGGCGCCACAGCUGGACCUGUCCGGCCACUGCGACGCCUCGUCGGGCGGCUGCUCCGACCUGAGCGAUGACAUCCGCUCGUGCCAGCGCCGCGGCGUCAAGGUCCUGCUCUCCAUCGGCGGCGGCGUUGGCAAGUACGGCCUGUCGUCGGCCGCGGACGCGCGGUUGGUGGCCGCGUACCUCUGGAAUAGCUACCUCGGCGGCACGUCGUCGUCACGUCCGCUCGGCGAUGCCGUCCUCGAUGGCAUCGACUUCGACAUCGAGCUCGGCAGCGCCAAGUUCUGGGACAAUCUCGCCAGGGACCUCAAGGACAUGGGCAAGAGUGGCAACAAGGCGGUGCUGCUGAGCGCGGCGCCGCAGUGCCCGUUCCCGGACGAGUGGGACGGCGCGGCGAUCAACACGGGGCUGUUCGACUACGUGUGGGUGCAGUUCUACAACAACCCGGAGUGCCAGUUCAGCUCGGGGCGCAAGGCCUUCCUAGACGCAUGGAAACAAUGGGAGUCGGUGCCGGCGGGGAAGAUCUUCCUGGGUCUGCCCGCCUCCAAGAGCGCGGCGGGCACCGGGUUCGUGCCCGCCGCCCAGCUGUCGCAGGUGCUGCCGCUCAUCAAGGGAUACAGCUCAGCCAUCAAGAGCCACGUCUGA